AUGAGCUCCGAUGAGGAAGAAGCAGGGAGUCUACCACCUACUCCUCCUCCAGCAGAAAGAGCUAUGACUAAGCCGUCGCCAUCUGUUUUGAGUGAAAUGAACGGAAAAACUCGAGUGAAAAAUCCACCUCAGAAUGUUCUUGACUUGCUCAAGCAUUAUUUUGGACACUCUUCUUUUCGCCCGAAACAAUGGGAGAUUAUAAAAAAUGCGCUUGAUGGCAAAGACCAACUGGUGUUAAUGUCCACAGGAUACGGUAAAAGCGUAUGCUAUCAGCUUCCUGGUCUGAUAUCUAAAUCGCUAACACUGGUAAUAUCUCCAUUGAUCUCGCUUAUGAACGAUCAAGUCAGGACUUUGAAAUUAAAUGGUACUGCUGCUAGCCUAUUGAGUGGAACGACCAGUCAGAAUGAGAAGGACCGCAUCAUGUCAGAAAUCCAAGAUGGCUCGUUAAGAUUUCUCUACCUCACUCCUGAAUAUGUUGAAAAUGCAUCCAGCCUAUUGCAUCGGCUGAAAUCCAAGGUCAAAUUGAUUGCCAUUGACGAAGCUCAUUGUGUUUCUCAGUGGGGUCACGACUUUCGCUCUUCGUAUCGUGGGUUAGCAAAAAUUAGGAGAAUAUUGACUGACUGUCCCGCGAUUGCUCUUACUGCCACUGCAACACAAGUGGUACGUAAGGAUAUCAUUGACAAUCUCGAGUUGAACAACCCCGUUGUAACAUGCACGGGUUUUGAUAGGUGAGU